AUGGACAUCACAGAUUCUAUGAUGCACCCAGAACCAGACCCAAACCACGCUCUUGACGCUUUGCUGACGAACAAUGACGAACCAUCCAAACAAGCUGUUAAGGAGGUCCAUCGUCUCCUGGUCAAGCCGAAACAAGAGCGAGAGCUUCUUGACGAGCGGAUAAAGCUACUCGAAACACAGCUGGAGAAGCUCAAGCUUAAGCGAAUCACGGUUGACGGCACCAUUACGCGCUACAACACCAUUGUUUCGCCUAUUCGUCGUAUUCCUACAGAUAUCCUUCGCGAGAUUUUCUUACGAUGCCUUGAGAACACUCGAAACCCUUACAUAUCAGCGAUGGAAGCUCCGGUUCUUCUCACUCAUGUAUGUCGCUCCUGGAGGGCCAUAGCUCUGUCCUCACCCCUCCUGUGGGCCAGGGUACACAUUGAGUUCAGCAACGAUGACUUGGUACCUGACAUCAUCGAGGACCAAAUUGUCGAGGAUGAGUUUCUAGAAUAUGUGAUGCCUAGAAUGUCAAAGUCAAGAGUUAUUGAAAUACUACAGCGCCGAUGCGAGGCAUUAGAAGAAUGGCUUCGCCGGUCUGGAGCCUGUCCCCUGUCCUUUUCUCUCCACUAUUUGAAGACCCAGAUUGCUCCUGUUGAACCAGCGACCACUGGCCAGGUUAAUCUCCAACAUUCGGAUCUCACCCACAGGCUGUUUAACGCUCUCCUCAACGAAUCCAGCCGAUGGUCAAAUGUCGAACUGUCAAUGCCUAUGGAUACUUACUACGCGUUAUCCGAAGGCUUUGCCCAAAUAAAUUUUAAUAACCUCGUAACUUUGCGGGUGUCUUCUCAUGGCAACUGGAGAUGGAAUCGUCGGCGACCACAGGUGAAUCCACCUCCGUCUGAAAUUAUCGCUCCAAACUUGCAGAGGUAUUCCUUCGGCAUGCCCCAGACCGUUUUGCAGAAGGUCGCUUCCCCAUGGACGACUCUCACUUUCCUAUCCUUGCAUUCCGCUAUUCCGUUAUCAGAAGCUUCAGCUAUCCUCACCAAAUGCUCUCAGCUUGUGCACUUCAAGGCAACAUUAACCACAGUACACAUGGACUGGAUCCAUGGGACUCAUAGUCGGUCCCGACCCAUCGUGUAUCGGUAUGCAAAUCUUCCCGAGCUCCGCGCAUUGUACAUAACGGACCAGGCGGAUGACGUUUUAGAGAAUGGUUUCUUCGCCAGCAUCUUCGCACCGCAACUCUCGAUCUUGUCGUAUUAUUCGGACCACUCGUCCGUCCGGUUCCACGACCCCGCCUUGACCGCUGCUAACCUUCAAAAUAUUACUCAAAAUAUUGCCCAAAAUCUAACUCAAGCCUUUGGACAUAACCCUAUUCAUCAAAUGUUUGCCCAGCACACUACGCAUACUUAUCAAAAGCCGCCCAUCUGUGCCCUGCUUUUGAAGUCGACCAAAUUGAAGACGAUGAUUCUCGACGUUAUAGGGUACACGUCUUCCGAAAUAUUAGAUGUGUUCUACAGUGCGAGCUCCGUUCAGCGCUUGAUCUAUGGGUGCCGAAGAACCCCACGCGAAAGAGAACAUCUCCUAUACGAAUAUGAAGAACUUGAUGACUUGCUCACUCCAUAUCCCAUUGGUAGAGACUUAUAUUCACCCACUCAAUGGACCUUCAGGGAUGCUUUCAUUGGAUCUGAAAAUAAUCCUUGCACACUGCCUAUACUUCCGAACUUGGAAACUCUGGUAGUCCGUUCUAGAAUCAGCGCUUUGUCUGACCAAAACUUGCUCGACUUUAUCAUCGGCCGGAUGGAUCCUUCUCCUCUCAGUCCCUUCUCACCGCUCAAGAAGGUUAAAGUUAAAUUCGCCCGUAAACGCCAGGUGGACGUCCAAGAGGGCGUCCUCAAGUACGCUGCAGAGAAAGGAAUCGCGAGGAAAGUUCAACUCGAUUUGGACUAUUCGCCGCCCAGCUUCUCGGAAUCGGCGAAUUUGGCGAACAGCGCGAUAUCUAUGGGGGUGAAGCAGCGAACUAAUGAAUGGAAUUACGACCGUGCUGACGAAGAAUUGACCAGUAUCGCUAUAGCUAAAGAAGCGGCAAAGUAA